CGUGCUUAUUCAUUCAUAACAAGAAAAAAUCAGCUGCAGGUGCAUCAUCUCACAUACCAUUGUGUAGACAUCUAUAGUCUGUAUAAAAGAUGAAGAACGACAGAAUUGGAUUAGUCAAUUCUGUUGAUAUUGAUGCCCAGCUUUCCCCGGACAAGACAAAACACUGUGACUGUCAUGUCUGCACAGCGAAAUGUUUAAGCAUAAUUUUCUUCUGUAUCGGUGUGGUUUUGAUGGGCACAAUGGGAAUCGCCCUGUACUUCAGUCUCCAUAAUGAAACCACAAAACUGGUGCCCACUGGUCCUUCAGUGGUGCCUGAUCCUCCCCGCUGUACCGACCAGUGUGUAAUAACAUUGGUGGAGAGUAUACCAGAGAAUUUGACGUACCCAGCAGGCUCCCCUUCUCAUCCCUCAACCUACUCCGCACUGAUGGACUUGAUGGAGAUGGCCACUACACAAAUAGAGAUUGCCUCCUUCUACUGGACUCUCAAUGGAUCAGACAUUGAUUACCAUGACAACUCAAGCUGGCAGGGGGAGAGUGUUUUGGAGACUUUAAUAGCAGCUGGUCGUGAUAGGAAGCUGAAGAUCAAGAUAGCACAGAACAAACCUGACAAUGGGUAUUACAACAAUACCCGGGACCUAGCAAAAUACGCUGGAGCUGAGGUGAGAUCCCUUGACUUUAAAAGUCUGAUGGGGAAUGGCAUUCUACACACCAAGAUGUGGCUUAUAGACCGAAGACAUUUCUAUGUGGGAAGUGCAAACCUUGAUUGGAGAUCCCUAACUCAGGUAAAGGAGAUGGGUGCACUGAUACGUGACUGUCCCUGUAUGGCAGAAGACAUGGGAAAACUUUUCGAUGUGUACUGGGACCUAGGUCUUCCAAGUGCUAAGAUCCCUGCCCAGUGGCCCACGUCUUAUGACACAAACAUCAACAACAAUCACACCAUGGACAUCAAGUUUAAUAAUACCGGAGUCGCUGCUACCACCUACAUAUCGAGUUCUCCUCCGCCAUUCUGCCCUGUUGGAAGGACUAUUGAUGUAGAUGCCAUUGUUGACAUCAUCAGUGUGGCUGAGGAAUUUGUUUACGUCGCAGUCAUGGACUACUUCCCUACGACACAGUUCACUAAACCUCGAUUUUACUGGCCAGUGAUUGAUGAUGCCUUUAGACGAGCAGCGUUUAACCGUCGAGUAAAAGUUCACUUAUUGAUCAGUUACUGGCAACACACUUGGGAUGACAUGAAGAUCUAUUUGAGAUCUCUGAAUGACCUUUGGUUUAAAUCUUACCCUGAGGUGGACAUAACUGUGAAAAUGUUUGAAGUGCCAGCGUUCACUGAUGCCCAGAAAAAGAUUCCAUAUGGGCGUGUUAACCACAACAAAUAUAUGGUCACAGACAAAACAGCUUAUAUAGGAACAUCCAACUGGUCUGCAGAUUACUUUAUCAACACUGGUGGGAUUGGUCUAGUUAUAAACCAGAAGAGGACUGCCACCUCACCUACUGAGGGUGAUGUACGACAACAACUAGAGGAUGUAUUUCUCAGAGACUGGAACUCCAAAUAUGCUUGGGACUUAAACAACUUUAACUUCACAUCGGUGGACAGACAUACGGAGCUGUGAUUGUAUGUCAUGUUAGUGUGCUCUGUACAAGGCUGAACUCUCAAAGUUUUAAUGCUAUUAGUGCUUGGAGUUUUAUUUGUGCCAUAUAUCUGGGUUUGAUAAAAUCAUCAUUAUUCAGCUGAUUCUAUAUAUCUAAAAUAUGAAAAGAUUUGUAGAGCAAAGCUAACCAAGUGCUAAUUAAAGUUGAUAUAACUGGAUGCCCUCCAUCAUUUAGAUUGCACCAUGACAAUGUAUUUGUGAUAUACCGUAGUCCAUUUCUUGCCAUACAAACAUCAAUACAUGUAUAUAUAUUGCUCAUUCAGUCCAGUAGUCAUAUUCUAUUUCUGUGAUCUUCUCCAAGUUGUAUAAUGUAUAUGUUUGUUGUAAGAUGUGUGUUGUCAUAAUGGCAGCUAUAUUGUAACAACGGCUGAAUAUUCUACAUAUAUUUGUAUAUAUAAGAUGAUGUAACUGUCUCCCUAUAGUAAAAGUGAUUUAUUUAGAAUA